AUGUGGGAAGGGGCUAGCCCCCACGUCCUACGACAUGAAGUGAAGAAGAAAACGGAAGAGGGGAACAGCAGCCAUGCACGCCCCCUUCCCAACGCUCAAGUUCAAAUCGACACCUGUUCGUCUAUGCGCAUAACCUUGACACUGCGAGGAAACUUAGGCUUUUCACUUGGUGCGGAAGACCUUCCCAGCUCACUUCAAGCUAGACAUCACAACCCGGUAACAGCUUUCAACAAACGCGCUGAAAAGGUGAGGAAAACCGGCAACUUCUCAAGACAGAAACCGAACCAACUUACUUUCAACAUGCCUACGGACUUCAGUGGUGAAUGGUCGAUGGUCAGUCAUGGUGAGCUGAGUAAUGAUCUGAUGGAUACGAUGUGCAUCCCAGCAGAUCGUCGUCCAAAUCUUCCCAUCGACAAACUCACUGUCAAGGUCACGCAGAAAGAUGACCACUUCGACAUCACGAGCGAAACUCCCGAACGCAGUAACACGUACAGCUUCGAUGUCGGGCCGAGCUUUGAGACCAGCCUGGUCGGUUUUCUACCAAAGAUGUCGGUAACUGCGUCAUGGGAGGGUGAUAACCUCUUGUUCACCGCUGAGAAUGGUUUCAAGAUGCUUCGAGAGAUUGUCGAAGGCCAAAUGGUGACCACUGUAUCCAAAGGGGAUGUUUCAUUCAAAGUCGUCUUCGACAAAGUCUACGAAACGUUUAAGCCUGACCAUUCUGCAUUCAGAGUUUCAGACAGCAACCAAAUGGAAGGAAAACAGAAGCGAAAACGUACAAAAAAGAAAGAGAAAAAGAAAGAAAUCAACCAAUCUGGAAAUGAAUAUGUACCAGGCAGCAUUGCUAACUUUCUAGGUUCAAAUCCUGAGGAGACGAGCACUCCAUCAGGAUCCCAAAAAAGGGUUCUAGCUUCAUUCUUCCAGCCAUCUGCGACCACCAAGCAGAAUGUUACUCUUGACAAGGCAGGCAAAGAUACACCCGGAGGAAGAGUGUCCAAGAACAAAAACAAUAAGACCCAAUCAGAAGAAAAGGCUUCCAAUGAUGGACAAACAAGUAUUCAGUCAGAGGAUAGCAGUCCUGAUAAGAAACUUCCCCAGAAGGGUUCCAAACGAAGAGCGCAAGAUGAUGACGAUGAGCCUAAAUCCAAGAGGAAGAAAAGCAAAAAAGAGCCAAUGGAGCCAAUGGAUCCUAUUGUUCUUGCUAGGACGGUUUUCGUUGGCAACCUGCCAGUCAACAUAACAAAGAAAGAGCUGAAAGGACUCUUCAAAAUCUAUGGAGCAAUAGAAAGCAUGCGUUUCAGAUCCAUGGGUGCGGCUGAUCCCAGUAUGUCCAAGAAAGUUGCAGCAAUAAAACAGGAAUUGAAUCCCAAGAAGACCUCAUUCAAUGCUUACAUUGUCUUUGAGGAAGAGCAGUGCGCCAGAGCAGCUUUAGCAAGCAAUGGCAAGAUUGUGAACAAGCAUCAUAUGAGAGUGGAUAUAGCUGGCAACAACAAGAAGCAUGACAUGAAACGCUCUCUGUUUGUGGGUAAUCUUGCUUUCAACGUUGAUGAUGAAGCUGUGAGAAACCACUUUGAGGAGUUUGGAACCGUUGAAGGAGUGAGACUCAUUCGAGACAAAGCCACUGGAGUAGGAAAGGGAUUUGGAUAUGUGCUCUUUGAAGAUUCGUCUUCAGUACAGUUUGCAUUGAAGAUGGAUGGUACUAAGCUGAAUGGAAGACCACUCAGAGUCAAAAGAGCAGUCAAGAAGGAGAAACAAAAACAACAAAGAGAUCAUUCUAAUACCAGGAGUAAGAUUGCGCACAGAAGGAGCAAUUCAAAGUCGAGACCCGGGUCAGGCGCUCAAGGACACGCAGGACCUCGGAAACCACCGUUCAAGGGUAAGGUGAAGAAGAGGCAGAAGCCUGGAGGAAACCACAAAGGCAAACAGAAGAGAUGAUGCAUUGAAGGAUGAUGCCAUGAAGUCAGACGAUGCCAUGGUCGGAGGAUUCUAUGUGAAACAUGAAAGACAGUAUGGGGAAAAUCCACAUCAUCUGCUAAUUUCCCUUAAAGCUGGACUGCACUACUUGUAGCUACUUGGGCCCUCUAUGUAGCAAACAAUGCCUAAGCAGUGCUCGUUGGUCCCCCAUGAUCCCCUUUUUCUUACCGUAUGUUAAUUGAGAGCUGAUUCGAUGAGAUAACCACCUGUCAGUGACCUUGCAGGGAGAUCUAAUCCCUCCUGGCCAAACUAGUGCAGAUGUAGGCUUUAAUAAGAGUGGAGUACAGUAAAUGAAUUGGCUUGUGGUCUUGCCCGACAACUGACCAAUCUUAUGCGAUGCGCAUACCAUCAAUUAAUUUCAAAGAAACCACCCCCAGCACGGAUAAUUCUCAAGCAAAUUCUUCUUGUUACUCAACCUUAAGAAGGCUCUGCAAUCUCUCAUAGACCAUGCUCAGAAACAGGCACUGAAAGUGUGUGCAUUGUUAUAGGACAUCGUCUGCUUUAAUAUGCUUAUUUGGUCCUUUGAGUGACGUCACAAAUCUUG